CGGCUGCAGUCAUUUAUUGCUGAGGUUGGUCGUGACAGGACGUGCUUUUGUCUCCGGUUCGUGUGGACUCCCUAUCGCCGUGUCCUCGUGCUGCCUGUUGUCUGGGCUUGUGUCGGAUAUGGUGUAAAAUAAAUAAAUAAAUAAAAAUCAGUGCACUCUGGUCAGUAAAGCGCAGGUGAGAUCUCAGUGCCUGUGUGUGGAAGACAGUCGAGAACAUCUUCGUUCGAUCGAGGAGCUGUCCGAAUCGGUCUGAGAUUGCCUUAUGAAACACAGCAAAGAGAGCCUCUGCCUGUAGCUGUGUGUAUGUGAUUAUCUCAGGAUCUGCUUUGUCUGAGAAAACCAUUUUAAUCCUGCACCUUCAACAAAGAGAUAUCAUCAAGAUCCACUGUGCCAGGCCUGCUGAGCCCGGCGUGCUUUUACCGACUCUUCCCUUGGCCCCUUCCCACCUUCUGCAAACGCUGGCACGGCAGCACUUUAGGACUGCUAAUCAUGAGUGAAUUCUGGUUGUGCUUCAAUUGCUGUAUCGCUGAGCAGCCACAGCCGAAACGGCGGAGGCGCAUUGACAGGAGUAUGAUUGGCGAGCCCACAAACUUUGUCCACACAGCCCAUGUGGGAUCUGGAGAUUUGUUCAGUGGCAUGGACUCUGUGAACUCAAUUCAGAACCAAAUGCAGUCCAAGGGGGGAUACGGGGGCGAGACCAUGCCCAUCAAUGUGCAGAUGCAACUGGUAGACACAAAAGCAGGAUAAUCCCUAACUAGAGGAGGAUUCCGCUGCAUCAGUGUGUCCAUUCUGACGCUUUCCAUAGUCUCCCAGCAUCCCCUUGUUCUCACCAGGCAAACACAUGGACCAUAAUGCACUUCAUGGGAAUGAGGAUGCCCUGUCCAUUGCUGUCAGUAUCCUCGUCCCCCUCAUAAUGGACGCUUGCAUGCCCUGUCUUCGAACGCCUAGCAGUGCAUGGUGUAACCUGGCCCAUUUGUCUGUGGUUCGAACAGCUCAUUUUCUCAACACUCACACAUGAAGGUCUGGAACCUCCAAGUACAAACUUUGUAGUUAUUCCUUUUUUUUUCUCUGAGAGACUUUUUGAGUCUAAAACCUGGCGCCAAACACGCCAACAAUGUGCAUAUAAAAUGUUGCUAUAGCUCUGGCCAUGCAAUGCCGAAAUGCUCAUGUUGAUGGAAUGAUGACUCCCUUCUGAGCAGAAGUACCAUUUUAUUUUUGACUGCGGCUCAGAUGAAUGUUGUUUUGUAAGAAGUGUGAUUACUGUUACUUUACUGUUCAUGCCAUUUCAGAUCACAUUCCUUGUAUCUUUGUUUUUCUUUGUUGUAAAAUAUGAUUAGAGCAACAAUAACUGAUGCUGAAAUGCACAACUGACAUUUCUCUCACCAUACUGCUGUAAAUGUUUUAUCAUAAACUUGAUAUGAAGAUGCUCAAGCUAUAGUUGUUUGGUGUACAAUGUGGAAAAAUGACAUUGUCGUCAAUGUCCUUAUGCUUCAAGCUGAUAUGGCAGCAUUAUUUAUGAGAUUGUGGAAGAUACUGAAAUUGGGGCCAAUUCUCUCUCUCUCUCUCUAAAGUAACCUCUUAGAUAACGCUUUAGCAGUUUUACUUGCUUUUGAACAAAUGCCCAAAAUCUGAUGCCCAAAAUUUAUCAAGUUAAACUACUUCUGUCUGUGGGUUGAGAGAGUGAUGUUUUAAAAUAAGUUGUAUUAAAUUGCACUAAUCUUUCAAAUGCAUAAUGAGCAUGAAGAAUUCUGCAAAAUAGGAAGUGCAGCUUGUUAAAAUACAGUAGAUCACUUAUAGGAAUCAUGUUGCUCAGGCUUCACUAAUAAAUUGUCUCUGAAUAAAUCAAUUUUAUAAAUAAAAUCAGUUUCAACUAACAACUUGAACUAUUCAAGUCGCAUUAUUUAUGAAUUUGUAAAUCGAAACCUCAUUUUGGAGAGAUGGAUAUCAGUGCCAGGCCCAGUAAACUUAAAUGAUGGUGAAGUUAAAUGAGAUAAAAGGCCAUACAGUAUAAUGUGUGAACUCACAGCUGAAUGUCCAAUUGUUGUUCUCUCAAGUGCUUUAUGUUUGUAUAUAGUGUGUAUUUUGUGUGCCACAACCUGAACUAUGCUAAUUUAUUUUUCUGUAUUCCUUCUGUGUGCCCCCAACCAGUGCGUUCAAAGUCAUGUCUUAAAAAUGUUGUCCCAUCAUGUUGUCAAAAUGAAGAAUUUUGGCAGGGUUUCUUAGCUUAGAGCUAGACAAAGUGAAAUGUUUUCCUGGUGCUCUGUACGAAGGUGUGGUUAAAGGAUCAUGUAAUGUGAUGUAAUACAGGGGUGCCAACAUCUGUCAUUUAGCCUGGUUUGGGCAGAAAAACCAACUGGGAGGAGAACUUUGGACAUGAGAGGUUAAAGAUCACUUAGACCUUUUAGAUCUUGUGUGAAUUUGAGAACCAGUAGAAAACAUUCAGAGCUUUGGUCUAUUUGGUUGGCACUCUUCUUCUCUCUACUAGGAUUUUAAGGAUACAUGUUGGCACCUCUGUCUGUAUAAAAACUCAAACCAGUGAAGACAUUAAUGAUCAGGUUCACACAAAAUAUUGAGCUUUUUGGCUUCAGUGGUGUAACUGGCAUGCAUUAGAAUUGCAAUGACCCUCAGCCUCUGUUCACCACAGAUGGAUUUCAUCAUCAGGGAUUUUGAGAAAUUAUUGUUUUAGAUGCCGGAGCACAUUUUUUAUACAUUGACUGCUUUUUAUUUUGCAUUUUGUGUUUGCUUGUGCAUUACCAAAUGUGUUCACUUGAAAUUAAAUAUUUUUUCCAUGUUA